UUGGACGUAUAGGAAAAGCAAACGUAACAGUGAAGUUUAAUGGAUGUGUAAUGGCGGCAGAAAAGUGCUCGUGUAGGCCAUAAGUAACAGAUGCUGUUUGAUGGUGCUUGGAGAUAGUGAAGCAGCAACAUGUGGCAUGAAGCUCGCAGGCAGGAGAAGAAGAUCCGAGGCCUUAUGGUCGACUACAAGAAGAGGGCAGAGAGAAGAAGGGAAUUCUAUGAGAAAAUUAAACUAGAUCCCACCCAGUUUUUGAGGGUCUAUGGAAGGCCAUACAAGAUACACCUGGACCAGGCUGUUGCCAUGGCAGCCGAGAGUCCACAGAGCAUGAUGCCUUGGCAAGGUCACCGUGACAACAUGAUAGACAGGUUUGAUGUUCGAGCUCAUCUUGAUACAAUACCUGAGCCAAAGAAAACGGAACCAAUUAAGUUGAGUCGUGGUGAAGAGGAUGAGGAACGAAAAGCCAACUAUGAACGAUACCGAACACUGGUGGAGAGUGAGUCGGCAGGAUUGACUGAGGAACAGGCUCUACACCAGAUCUACAUCGACGAGCAGUUUGGACCUCCGGACAGAACAGUGGAGGAGGAGAAGAAAAAACUGGCAGACAAGAAGGCAGCCAUUGGCUACACGUACGAGGACAGCUCAGCAGCUGGUGGUGAGAAUGGAGAAGAGGAUGGAGAGGAGAGUGAUGAAAGCAGUGACACGGAUGUGGAAACAGCAGAUUUAGACGUGACGCUGGAUGUAGAUGAGCUGACUGUGGAACAAAUGGUGCUCAUUAACCAGUGUGCCGAGGCAUAUGGCAUGAAGCAGGAUGACUUUAUUAGAUUGCUGAGAAAAGACAAGGAAGAACUGGAGGCAUUGAGACAGGCUAAGCUGCUGGAAGAGGAGAAGGCCCAGUUUGCUGGUCGCAAAUCUCGAAGAGAACGACGAGCGUUUAAAGACAAGCGUUUGCAGGGAAGGAGAGUAAGCCCACCCAGCUAUGCUGCAAGAGACAGUCCAAAGUAUGAACCAUACAAGAGAUCCUCAUCAUCUUCAAAGUCAAGGUCAAGGUCACCGGAGAAUGUUGGGAAGGUCAUGUUUAUCACAUGUUUCGGGGACGACAGUGACCACGAGGGGAAGAACGUUGUCGUGGGACCAUCAUUGCCAACUAAUCAACAACACCAAACUCGGACUCAUAGUGACAAAUCUGAUUCAAAGAGACAAUCAUGCUCAAAGAAAUCUUCCUCAAGAAAACAUCGAUCCCGUUCCCGAUCAAGGUCUCGGUCAAGGUCAAGAUCAAGGUCGUGGAAUCGUAACAGAAGGCGGCGCUCUCCCUCAAGGUCACCUUCAUACACAAGGUCACGGAGGUACUCGAGGGAAAGACGACCAUUGUCAAGAGACCGUAAAUCCUACUCUCGUUCAUCACCAAGACGAUACAUGGAUAGAAGGAGGUAUGGAGACAGGUACAGACCGAGAUCUAGGUCUAGGUCAAGGUCAAGGUCACCAAGAAGGCGAUCUAGGUCAAGUUCGAGGUCUUCAGCAAGAUCAAGAAGUUCUCGGUCAAGUUCUCUGUCAAGCACUAGCUCAAGAUCUCGUUCCAGAUCCAAAUCAAAGAGCAGGUCAAGGUCCAAGUCACGUUCAAGGUCAAGGUCACCUGCUCGAGUGGUUCCAGUGACACAACCAGUCAAGAAAUACCGCCGCAAGAGUCUGUCUUCAAAUGAGAGUAAAUCCGACCAUGAAGAUGACAAUGACAAGAGAAGCAGCACCAGCUAUGGCCAUAACAGACCGACCCAGCCGAUCCUCUUCUCUAAGAGUGCUGUUUUGAACCAAGUGAAGAUGACCCCCCAGGAGCGGCUCAAGCGCAAAAUGCAAGCUCAGCUCAACAAGCAAUACAAGGCCGACAAAAAGGCUGAGACGAUGCGGAUAUCCAAAGUGGAACAAGAGAGAAUGGACAGAGAAGAAGACUUGCGUUCUCGUGCGAUGGAGAUGCGACGCCGGGAACGGGAAAAGAGACACAAAGAGAUGGAGGAGAGGGAGCGGAACGCCAGGUACGACAGUGACAGCGACAGCAGUCGGAGUCCCAGCAGAUCACCACGACGUUCACGGAGAGACAGGUCAUUGACACGAUCAAGAUCACGCUCAAUAUCAAAGUCAAGGUCAAGGUCAAGGUCAAGGUCAAUGUCCCCUGCCCGUGGAUUGGUUUCUUACUAAAGAGAGCAGCAUCUUGGCAUGAGGUUGGAAAAUAAUGGAUUAAGAAUGAGUCGUGACAAUAAUCACAACUGCAGAGUGGGCUCUUUGUGAUGUUUUAAGGCUUAAAUCCAAUCACAGCUGCCAUAUACAUACAGCCCCACUUAUUGCAGUUGUAUUUACUGUUUGGGCAAGGAGAAGCACUAUGUGUUGGGGGCACACACACCAGGUGAAACAGUGGUGUUGCCCUAAUUACACUGGCUGUAUGGCAAGGGGUAUGUAUUUAUAUUACCUGAACAAUGCCAGUUGUUCUUCGUGGCUUUCCUGAGUGCAUUAGAUUGCUAAACUGAACAAUCAUUGACUUUGUUUGCAGAAAGAGCUUUGUUGUCAAUAUUUUAAGUUAAAGUCAAGAGAGCUGCAUUUAACCUGCAAUGGGAAUGGGGAUUUUGCUCUUUGUCUUUGCUGUGGGUGAAAUGCAGAUUUUAUGAUUAGAUGUCUGAAAAUAGAUUGCAUGGUAUUAUGUUAUUUGAGGAGGUUGUUUUUUUACUUUAAUAAGGAAUGUAACAUUUUGCAUCCGAGAUCAGUUUUGAGUGAUUCGUUAAUCAAAUAAAUAUUUUUGGUUUAAUAUGGUUUUUUUUGAUAAUCUUAGGAAAAAUACAAUUGCAGGCACCAAAUGAAAAUUAGAUAUAUUUUUGUGACAACUGUUUUGAUUUCAUGUCAGUUUUGCUGUAAAUCAGGUAUGUUUUUCAAGAAACUUACAUUUGGGACCACAGUAAACUAUAUUUUUCUCAUUUUGUGACAGUCAGCAUUUACUUUUCACCUGAGAAUGUGUAUGAACUGACCAGUGUAUGAGUACCACUGAGACUGGUCACAAACCUCGUGCUUCCUCAUCGUGUUUGUCAUUCUCUCUGAGAAUCUGGAUGUACACCAAGCCUAACAGAAAAAUAAGGCAGUGUACCAAAAAACAGCAUUCUGCUCAAAGUGUUCAGUGGAUUUCACAGUGCCAUUCGACUACACAUGUAAAUCUUAAUCUGUUAUUGUUUAUAGAAGAGCAAGCAUUUUAUAAAAUGUGUGAGUUAUCUCCCUUAGAAGAAUUCAUGUUCAUUGUUCAUCAAACACAGAUCUCUGGUUUCACAAAGUGUUUUCAGUUUUAUGAGUCAUUACUAGGUUCACAUAGACUUAGGACAGUGUCAAGUGUUUGUCAUGAUACAAAACAUUACUGAUGGGUACCAUGGCAACGCAAGCCACAGGCUCCUCACCUCACCUCAUAUAGGGCUGAAAUUCAAAAAUAAAAGUUGUGUUGGAGAUUACAGCCCAUGCAUUUUGUUUUGUGAUAUACGUAUAUGCAUAGAUAGAUAAAUAUGCACGUUUUGCAUGUACACAGCAUAUGCAAAACAAAUAACUGCUGGAGAAAAGAGACCAUUAUCAUCUAAACCACUAGCAGCAUAUGUAAAUGUAUGCACAUUUUGUGUUUGAUGCAAGAAUACUGUUCCUGUAUGUGUUAUAUCUUCAAAGUUCAGACUGUACUGUUGGCAUGACUGAUAAAUGCAUACCUUCACCUUACGCUUUAUUCCUCGCACAGCAGAAAGAUGAUGAAAACAGGGGAACAAUUUUUGUAAACAUUUGCAAAUUAUAUAUGCAGUGUUUCCAUGAAAUCCUUCUAUCCUUCAUUUAUCAGCCAUUAUAUUCUUAACUUAUGACUGCUUAUAUGCUAUUCAGGAGAAGUUAACAAACACCAACCUUUUCAUUUGACCAGUUAAUCUGUUAUGUUGACAGGAGUCAUAUAGUACAAUCAGGUGUCUAAAACAUCUAUUGUCUAAUGUGAAAGGUUUACUAUAGCAAUAUUUGCAGCAGAUAAGUUGAGAAUUUUAAUAUGCCAUCAUGUUAUUAUAAAUCUCUGUUGAGUGCUUAUGGUACAGCGGGCUAAAUAUAUAGCGACUAAUGUGUCUGACUGCAUUCAUGUUUCCUGAUGGUUUGACAUUUGAAAUAAGUUGUCAACAUCAUGAUACAUUUUCACUUUUGUAAAUGCAGUUCUGUUUUUGUGUUUUUGGUAGUUCACUUAAACCUUUCCAUGUUUCCACAGCAGAUAAAUUCUGGUUUGCUGAGAAUCCCGUCAGAGAACUGUUUAGAAUUAUGCAAUACAAUGACACUGGUGUUGAAUAUUAUUGAAUAUUAAAUUAUAUUUAAUCAUAGUCUUUAAGACACUUAUCUGUGCUUUGCGAUGCUUUGGUAACUUCUUGGUUGAAAUGAUCUCAACAGUCUAGUUAGUAUCAGCAUCUUGAACUGAAGAACACUUGGUAUAUAUGACACAACAUUUGCUAAGGACCAACAAUCUUUAGUCAAAGAUGUGUUCCUUAGGAAAUAUUGAGUUGUAUACAUUCAAAACAAAUGCUAAUCUUUGAGGUGAUAAUAAUAAACAAUGAAAUGGCAAUUCAUAUUUUAUUUAGUGUGGUGUGGUGAGAAUACUUAGACAGUAGCGUAAAACGUCAUACGUCACCGCCAGCAGCAGCCAGUAGUGUCUGGUUUGGGCGGAGUGGUAGCAUUCCAUGACCUCUAUGUUAUCUGUACUACACUGAAGGAUGGCUGACAAUGUCUGAUUGCAAGCUCCGAACACAUACAUCCUUGUCACACAUCCUGCUGCAGAGUGUGUCUAUGAUUGAAUAUGAUUGUGCUCCACUCUCACAACAACUGCUGUGGUGUUGUCUGAUGAUAAUAAACUGUCUUGCUUAACA